GUAAGCUUCAACAAAUAACUAAUCAUGCAAGAUCAUGUCAGCUUUUUUAAGUGAGAAUACUGGACACAUCAAGUGCAUGCAGAAGCAAAAUGGCUCCUCUUCACAAAAGCCAGUUCUCCAGAGUGGACAGAGUCAGUGGGGGUCAUGUGAUCAGCUCUAUUAAAGACGCAUCUCCCCAGGUACUGUAACUGCUUCUCUUUUGAGUCUGAUUGUGUAUAAGCAGUUCAAUAUCCAGGGAUGACAGCCUGCUUCUGGAGCAAGGAACUGUCUUGCUCCACCAAAAACAUCAUUUGCACAAUUUCAUUGAAGAUCUUGAAUCAGUAAAAAUGUGUUGCCUCAUUUUUUAUUUCUUUUUUCAAAAAGUACUUUAGAUUAUUAUUUACAUAAUGGUUAAUAUCAAACUGUCAUGUUAGAGGUCAGCUGUGAUUUCCCAGCACCAAACUUGCACAAUACUUCACUUGACUUGCGUAGUUGAAUAAGUAAUGAAUUUAUUACCAUUUUACAUGCACUCCCAUUUUGGGGUAUUUAAGGUUCAUCAUCCAGGACACAACUACAUUUCUUUUGGCUGAUCAUCAAAUGUCAAAUAUCUACUUACCAUCUACCAGUGAAAACCUGCUUCCUUGCUGACAGGAUGAAGGUGAACAUGAUUAUGUUACUUUUUAUAAUCUUGGCCAUUUCAACCCUCAAGUCAGAUUCAGCUUAUGUUCCUGACAGAUACAUACAAGAGAAUGUGGCUUUACGUGGGAAGGCCACUCAGUCGGCACUACCCUCUGGGGCGGGGGCAGUGUUGAGCCUGCCAGGCUAUGCCAUCGAUGGAAACCGAGAUUCUGAUGCCAAUCAUGGAUCCUGUUCCCACACCACAAACGGUCCCAACCCCUGGUGGAGGGUGGACCUGCUGCAGGUGUACACAAUCGCCUCCGUCACCAUCACCAACAGAGGAGACUGCUGUGGAGACAGGAUCAGUGGAGCUCGCAUCCUCAUCGGCAACUCCCUGGAGAAAAACGGCAUCAAUAAUCCACAGUGCAGCGUGAUUGGCUCCUUGGCAACAGGAGAGACUAGAACCUUUCACUGUCCGCAGCCAAUGAUUGGACGCUACGUCACAGUGUACCUUCCAAAAACAGAAGUCCUUCAACUCUGUGAAGUGGAAGUGAAUGCUCUGCUUCCUGCCAAUUGAAAAGCUAAGCAGCAGUUAGCAAAUUCCAUUGUAUUUAAAGCUGGUCAUUUCUUUAUAGCCAGAUACCGUCAGAAAAGGGGGUAAUGAAAUCAAUUUAACUAUGUUGGGAUUUUGGGAUUAUGCUGUCGAGCUCCAGGUUUUCAUGUACAAAAAACCUGCUGAAUUUCUACUUGUCUACUUUCUGAAAAAUCAUUUAUUGACUGAUUUUCUUUGCAGUGCAUCAAAUAAACAUCUCAUUUAAAGCAUUGA